AUGUCGUCGUCACAUCGAAUACGGUUUCUGGAAGGAACAUCGACAAGUGGUGGUGGUGGAAGUAGCAACAUUCGAGAAAAUACGUUGGAUGCUCGUACACGUGAAAUUCACAUGGAAACCGAACGCCUUCAUGCUCGUUUAAGAGAUAUAGCACAAGCUGUUAUUAAUGAUGAAACAGACCUAGUAGAUUUUAAUGUUGAUGGUGGUAGUAAUUCACCGCGACGUCUUUCACCAUUGAGAACAACUGGUGGUGAUAGAUAUGAUUCACCUGAUCGUACAUUAAAUACUCGAAUUCGUUCACCUCGAUCACAUUCGCCACAACGAACGUUAGCAUCUCGAUCGCAUUCACGUAAUGUCUCACCAUCAUUUGCAGAUUCAACAUUUAGUGCUGUUCAUGCAGCAUUAAACAAACGACAAGUUCAGGUUCAUGAUCUUCAAACAAAAUUAACAAAUUCUCGUGAUUUAAUUCAACAACUUAAACGUCAAUUAGAUGAAUCUGAUUCAGAACGACGUCAUUUAGAACAACAAUCAACCGGUUAUAAAUUACAAAUUGAUGAAUUACGUCGACAAUUUGAUGAUACAGCAACGGAACGAGAUCGAUCAAAAACAGCACUUGAAUCAUCGAAUUAUGAAAAAAUUAAUUUGGAAAAAGUUCGACAAUCAUUAAAUAAUCAAAUUGAUUCAUUACGAGCUGACUGUGAACGAUUGCAACAGUCAAAUACUGAAUUACAACGACAACGAGAUAUAUUAGAAGAAGAAAAAGAAGAUACAAUUAAAGAUAAAAUUCGUCAAGUGAAAGAAAAUGAACGAUGCAUUAAAGUAAUUGAAAAUCUUGAAAAUAAACUAUCAUUUUUGAAAAAAGAUGUUACAGAAUUACGUGAACAAUAUCAUAAAGAAAAAUUGGGAAAAGAUGUAUAUGGUCAAGAAAAACAUGUUCUAUCGGAUGCUCUAUCAAGAUCUGAAGUUUAUCGUGCUGAAAUUGAACUCGAUUUAAACAAAGAACGAAGUGAAGGAGCAACAUUAAGAGAUUUAUUAUGUAAAGUUCAAUCGUUAAAUGAAGGUUUAGCACAAGAUAAAGUGGAACUAAAUAAAAUUAUUCUAUUGCUUGAACAAGAAAAAAAUUCCAUAUAUAAUGAAAAAUCAGAUGUUGAACAAGAUAAAUCAACAUUACGUCAAGAACUUGUGAAAGUUGAACAAGAAAAGAUUGAUGUUGAAAAUGAACGUGAUACUAUUCAUCACCGUCUACAGUUGUGUGAUGUCAGUCGUCAACAAUUAGAACAAGAAAUUAUAUUAUUAAAUAAAGAUAAGGCAGAAAUUAUUGAUCAAUUUCAACAUAUGUCACGUUUAAAAAAUACACUUGCCGAAGAUUUAAUAGCAGCUAAGAAAGAUAUUGAACGUUUAAGUGAUCAUAAUUUACGUUUGAAUAAAGAAAAAGAAGAUUUAACAAAAGAACGUGGCAAUCUUGUCGUCGAUUUAACCGGAACAGAACGAGACAAUCAAACAUUGAGCUCGACAUUGAGCGCAUUACGUGCCGAAAAAGAAGGUCUUGAAUCAAGUUUAUAUGAAGCGCAAAAUAUUAUUAGUCAAUUAGAAAUUAAAAGAAAUCAAUUAGAAGGUGAAAAUCAAGAAUUAUUAUUGAAAAAAGAACAGUUGACCAAUGAAGUACAACGUUUACAUGAUGAAUUAAAUAAUGAAAUAGAAAAAUCUGCUCGUAUUCGUGAUCAGUUAAAUCAACGAUUAUCGUCAUUGGAACAAGACAAAGACACAACGAUACGAGCACAUCAUCAAGCACAUGAAGACGAUGUUGAACGAAUGAUACGUGAACGAGAUAAAUUACGACAUGAAAUGGAAACAGCUCGAGAAGAAAUAAUUCGGCAAUUUGGACGAGAAAGAGAAGAGACUGGACAACGUCAUGAUAAAGAAAAAGAAGAUUUACAUUAUGAAUUGGCUAAUGCUAUUACAGAACGUGAUCAAGCACUAAUCGAAUCUGAAAAUGAAAAACAAAAACUUUUAUCCAUUGCUCAAUCGGAACGUAACUCAUUGAAUGAAAAAUUAAAUCAAUCACGCGAUGAUUUAACUCGUUUACAAGUGGAAUUUGAUAAAAUACGACGUGAUGCCGCUUUACAUCAUGAACAAGACCGUCAAUUAAUAUUAUCAUUACAAGAUGAAUUGAAAAAGUUUCACUUAAAAUUUGAAGAUUCAACAAUUGCCAAUGAACGAGAAAUACAAACAUUGAAUAAUGAAAUUGAACAAGCAAAACAACAAAAACAAUUAUUAACACAUGAUAAUUUUGAAAUAAAAACGCAGCUGAAAUUAACUGAAGAUAAUCGUGAUCAAUUAAAACGAGAUCUAAUUGAAUCAAAUCGACGUAUUCGUGAAUAUGAUGAAAAUUUAACAUUACAACGAAAAGAAAUACAAGAUCUCAAACGCUAUUUACAAGAUGAACAACGUGAUAAAGAAUUAACAGUUCAAUCAGGUGAAGAUUUAAGAACAAAACUGAAAAGUGUUGAAAAUGAAAAAAUUGAUUUAAGACAAGUAUUAGAUGAAGCAAAACAACGAAUUAUUGUACUCGAGGAACAAAAGUCGUUGUGUCAGAAAGAUGCUACAGAUUUACGUCAUAAUUUACGUGAUGUUGAACGUUCAAGAUUAGAAGCACGCCGUGAAUUACAAGAACUGAGACGUCAUGUUAAAAUGUUAGAUGGUGAAACAAAGAAAAAAUCAAAAGAAUUAGAAGAAUUGGCUGAUCGUGUCCGACAUGAUGAACAACGUGAAGAAGAAAUGAGACGUGAAGUGUUUGGACAAAAACAACGUUUCGUUGAAGCUGAAGCCAGUCGAGAAGUAUUGAGAAAAGAAUUGGCUAAUAUUCAACGACAUUAUGCUGAAUUCGAAGAUGAACAACGUUUGAGAGAAAGAGAUUAUAAAUUGGCUAUUGAAGAUGCGAGACGUUUAGAACGAAAGUCGGUUGAUGAAAGACGAAAUGUUGAACUGGCAUUAGAAGGUGCAAAUCAAAUGCUAUCUGAAUUAAGAAUAGCAUUGUCAGGCGCAGAAGGACGUGCAAGUGCACUAGAGACUCAAGUUGAAGGAGGAAAACGAGACGCUGAAUAUAAACUUGGAAGUAUCGUAUCUAGUUUAAGACGAACUGUUGGUUAUGGACCACGCGGAGGUUUAAGUCGUUCGCCGAGUCCAAAUGCUCGUCGUCGACCGAUAUCACCAACAAAAGGCUUUGAUACAACUGAAAAUCGUUCAAGUCCAUUACUACGUCGUACAUCACGUAGUCCACAACGAAGUACAUCCGGUGAACGCGCAAGAUCACCUGGUUCAACUUAUAUUGAUGUGGCUGAUGUUGAUCCCGAGUCCAUCCGUACAGUAUUAAGAGAUUUUGUACAAAAUUUUCUAACAACUGAACGAGAACGUGAUGAAGCUAUUGCUGAAGCAACACAAUUACGUCGAACAACAAAAGAACUCGAGGAUAAUUUUCAACGAACAGAACAACGUUUUAGUCAGUUACAAAAAACGUUAACGUCAUUCGAAGAAGACAAGAAAGGUACAGAUACUCGAUUACAAAGUGCACAAAAUGCCCUAUUACUACAAGAAGAUACCAUUCGUCGAAGUGAACGUGAAAGGAAAACAUUACUUGAUCGUAUAACAAAUAUGGAACGCCAACUUAUUGCUAAUGAUAAUGAGAAAACACAAAUCAUUGAGAAAAUUGGUCUUUCAAAAUCCAAUGAAAUAAGAUUGAGUGAUGAGAAGAAAGUAAUGAAACGUUCAUGGGAUGAGUCUGAAGCACGAUUAACCGAACUAGAAAUGCAUAGACGUGCAUUAGAAGGAGAAAUACAGCGUUUAACAAUGAUAUUAAAUGAUAAAGAAACCGAAGUUCAAGUACAUCAAGAACGAUGUGAAACAUUAAUUAAACAGAUACAAGAUCGGGAAGAAAAAUGUCAAUCGUUACAAUUGAGCGUUGAUCGCUUGUCGUUAGCAUUAGCAAAAGCUGAGGAGGGCGAGUCGAGUUUAAAAACACGUGUACAGUCGUUGAAUCAAACACUAUCACAGACAAAUUUUCAAACAGCAGACUUACAACAAAAACUGGGAGGAGUUCAAGGAGUUGUUCAAAGCUCGGAAGCAGAAAGACGAGUACUCCAGGACAAACUGGAGCAAACAAGGACUAGUUUAUCAGACAUGAAAAAACAAAACCAUGAAUUAUUGGAACGUGUACAUCAUUUACAAAAUGAAUUGACAGAUUCAGAAAUGAGACGACACGAACUAGAAAAUCAAUUGAGAAAUGCUAAUACGUUUCUUGUACAACGACAAGAAUCAGAACAGGAAGCAAAUCAGAAAAUAAGCACGUUAACAGCUGAUAAGCAAGCUUUACAAGAGAAAAAUGCGUUGCUACAACGACAAAUGGGCAAUUUGGAUUUGGAAAAACGAGAAACAGAGCGAACAAAGUUACGAUUGGAAAAGGAUAAAAACGUUCUUAAGAAAACGCUCGAUAAGGUUGAACGUGAACGCGUGGUAACAGAAGACAUUGUACGUUCAGCAGAUCGUUCACAAUUUGAUCGACAGUUUCAACGAAUAGAAGAAGAAAACCAAACAUUACAACGCCAAGUUCAAGAAUUACAAGCACAAUUAAAUGAGUCGGAACAGCGACAUGCACAACGGUUAAUCGAUUUCACUACACGUAAUAGACGGGAGACAGAAGCCGAAACUGAACGAAUUCGAACAUCACAAACAGCAGCUGAAAGAGCCCUUGAAGCUAGAGAAAAAGCACAUCGCGCUCGUGUUAAAGGCUUAGAAGAGCAGAUAACAACUUUAAAAGAACAACUUGGCCAAGAGAUACGUAAACGACAGACAUUUCUAAAUCGUUCAAUUACAUCUGGUGAAGAAAUAUCAGCAUUAAGAAGUAUGGUGAAUGAUUCACUAUCAUUUGUUUCUCGUGACCCAAAAGGACUAGAUCCAAUUUUAUUAGAUUAUGAAACGAAAAGACUCGCCGAUUCAUCUGGUUAUUUGAAUGAACCGCCUCAACGACAUCUCUCACCAACACGUAGAACAUUAUCACCCCCAAUUGGUAUGCGAUCGAUACGUACAGCUGCUGCAAUUGCUGCGGCGUCUGCCGGUGGUAUCCCUAUAUCGUCACCAAGUAGUACAAAACAACUAAGAUCAUCACGAACCAGAUUAAUGUAA